UCCCCGUGUGCUCCCAUUUCCCUCGUUAACCCUCUGUGUAUUUAUGUCUGCGUCUCCCUCAGUUCUGUGUCGCGUUCUCCCUCAUGCUGUGUGGAUUUCCCUGUGUCUCUCUCCGAGUGUUAGUUUACUUUUCCCCAGUUAGUUCUGUAUUUCCUGUAUUCUGCCGUGCCAGCAUUAAAGCUGCUUUUGAGUUCAUCCCCGUGUCUGUGAGUUUUGCGUUUGGGUCCUCAUCCUGCCUGCCACACAGCGACCCUUGACAGAAGAACGCGACCAGUAAUGGACCCAGCAAACUCCGUACGGAACCGGCAGCGUGCAGACUCCGCCUUCCCUAACGAGAGGAGAAGGCAGGAGGCUCGGCAUGCCCGGGAGCGCGAGUCUGCCUUCUAUGGGACUCGAUUGGCUCUAGGUGGGCCGCGCAGCCUCCAAACUGCCAACGCUGCUGCGUUUUCCCCACAUCGUCCCACGGCGAUCAGAGUCGGAGGAUUCAGCCUAUCGCCUGCCACAACUCCUCCGGCCUUCUCAACUUCCGGUUCUCCUCCCCAGUCGCCGCCCACGUCCUGCGCAAAGAAGAGGGUUACUCGGCGGCCGAGGAGAGAUUUCGUGCCUCCGACAAGCAGCCUAUCUCCGCUGCAGUCCUUUGCGCUCUUCCUGGGACUUCCACGCUCGGAGCUGCACAAGCUCCCCGUCUCUCCGGCGCAGCCCGGUUCGUCAUCGGCUCAGCCAGCCGACAUCACCGAAGUGCCUGCGCCCACUGCCUCGGGAACUCACGGCACAGUUCCCAGGAAUAAACGGCGCUCACGCCGUCGCCACCCUAAAGUUACUGAGCAAACUCCGGUGGUGAGUGACUCUGACAGUUUUUUCCAUGCCACUUCCAAGUCGGACCGACUCGGACAAUAUUCUGCUCCUGAGUCCGCUGUUUUUCAGGUCCGUAACACAUCAGAAAUGAAUAGUGAGUUUGAAUAUGACUGUGUUUCCAGGGCUCAUAAUGUUUCUAAGUUCACCUCUGCACCUAUUAAGCAUGAGACUGAGUUCAUUGCCCCCCUAGAGACUGCUGUUCAGGCUGACUUAAAAAACUCCGGCACUGUAGACUCUGUGUGCGUCAUCCCAGAGACCGUUAACUCCGUGUCUGGUAAUUCUGGGUCGGUUAAUCCUGAACCUGCAUUACCUACCCUCACGCCCAUGUUUCAGAGUGAUUAUCUUUCCUGUGCUCCUCCCAGGUCAGCAGCAAUUAACACACAGACUGAUAAUCUCACCUUAGAGAAGCAAAAGACUAUUGUUGAGCUGCAUACUCAUGAACAACACCGUAAAGUUAACAGUUCUGAGGUCCCUGUACCUGCUGAGUAUAAGACUGUGAAUGGUGUUUCUUCACUCCUGGACUAUGCUGCUCUCCAACCUGUAUAUUUAGAAACCGUUUGUGUGAAUGCUCCUGUGUCCGCAACGGAUCCCUUUGUGCUCGAUAUUACUGACUCUGACUCUGCUAAACCUGGAUCUUCCUGUGCAAUGACUGUUUUAGAGACUGCUACACCUAACAUGGACAGCUUAAGGCCUACAGAGUUGCCAGGAGUGACUCGCCAUGAAUCUCUGUUCGCUAACACUGCUUCUAGCUCCACUAACUCGAUUUUCCCUGUGUCUGUUUCUGUUCCUGUGCUUCGCUCUCCGCCUCUAGUUCCUGUAACCAGGGCAGCGCGGGCCCAGCCUUCCCUUGCUCCCGUACCAGUUCCUCGGGAGAGGGUGGCUGAGGUCCAGCUGGUCCCUGCUUCUGUCCCCAGCCUGGCAGAGGCGCCGUUCAUCCCGGCACCCGUACCUGCUCCUCGGGUGGGGUUGAUGGACACCCAGCCUUUGCCUGCUCCUGUUCCGGUUCCCCGGGUGAGGUCAGCCGUGACCCUGCCGACUCCUGCACCCGUCUCAGUUCCUCGGGUGGGAGCGACAGAGGUCCAGCUAGCUCCUGCGCCUACACCGGCCCCCAGGGUAAAGGCAGCCAGAGCCCAGCUCGUCCCUGCACCCGUAUCUGUUUCUCGGGUGGGGAUGGCUGGUGUUCGGCCAGGCCUAGCACCUGUUCCUGUUCCCAGAAGGAGAGCAGCCCAGAGUCAGACACCUGUUCAACCACAAGCACAACUACCACUUCAACUAGCAUUACUAUCCAUAACACAGUCUGUAGCUCAGUUGUUAACACCGAUUCUUGUUUUGUCACCAGUCCAGACUGUAGCACAGUUAGCAGCUCCGUCUCCUGUUCAGUCAUCGAUUCUACUACCUGCUAUCCCGCCAUCACUGCAACGUACACCCCUGUCUUUAGCGCAGUCAGUAGCUCAGGUCAUAGCACAGGUUUCUGUUUUGUUACCAGCUCAGUCUCUAGCGCAGCCAUUAGCCCCUCAGGCUGCUCAGUCAUCCGCCCUGUUACCGCUCCAGUCCUUUGCUUCAUUGCCUGUUAGUUUAUCAGCUCAGUUAUUGUCUCUGUCACCAGCUCAGUGCUUAGCCCAGCAACCCGUUCAGUCACUGCCCACCUCAGCUGGAAGCCUUUGUGAGCCUUCUUCACCAGCUGAGGAUGACGCGGUGCUAACACACUUUAAACUAACUGUUUGCCCUACACAGCUCCAGCCGUCGCAUCCUAAGCCGGCUGCGUGCCCUGUGCCGCUACAGUCAGCGCCCGCGGUGCCAGAGGACCCCGCACCCGCUGGCUCUGCAUCCGUCUCCGCUGGGGGUUCAGGAGGACCCCUCCAGCCGCUCCUCGUCUCCGCUGGGGGUUCAGGGGAACCUCUCCAGCCGCUCCUCGUCUCCGCUGGGGGUUCAGGGGAACCUCUCCAGCCGCUCCUCGUCUCCGCUGGGGGUUCAGGGGAACCUCUCCAGCCGCUCCUCGUCUCCGCUGGGGGUUCAGGGGAACCUCUCCAGCCGCUCCUCGUCUCCGCUGGGGGUUCAGGGGAACCUCUCCAGCCGCUCCUCGUCUCCGCUGGAGGGCCCGAGGGGCCCGUCCAGCCGCCAUCUGCUUCUGCGCCGCCUGGUCUGGCCCCGGCUUCGUCCGAGACUUCGUCCUCGUCUGGCCCAGCCUCCGCCUCGCCUGCUGCAGCUCCAGCCUGUGCUUUGCCUGCUGCAGCUCCAUCCUCGCCUGGUCCGGCCCAGUCUUCGCCUGUGGCCGCCACGCCACAGUCUGGUCCUGCCUCGUCCGGUCCUGUGCCCACCGGGCCUCGGCCAACAUGCCUGACGCCGGUGUGCCGCCGUUGCCUUCCGCACGGUCGGCCUCCUGAACUGCUCCAUCGUCUCCUUGGCCGCCGCCUUCUUCCACGCGGCCGGCCUCCGGACCAGCUCUGUCACCUGUGCCACCCGUCUGGUCGGCCCCCCGACCGUGUGACCCAUGUACUUUUGUGCCUGUGGGCCCUGGGUCGGCCUCCUGACAUUUAUUAUGGACUAGUGUCUUGUGCUCCUGUGUUUUCUGUUGGUGGUUUUGUUUCCUGUUCUGGUCCCUCCGUCCUGGGCCCCCGCCGCACUGGUUAG